CGGCGUUGGACGCGCUCCACACUCCUCAAAGUAUUUCCGCGUCCGCCUGAGGCAGCAGUUGAAGCGCACGGAGCCCCUUCGGCGGGGGGGGUUUGGACCACGACUGACGCCGGUGACUGUAACCCCCGCGCGGCUCAUCAGCGGGACGCUGAGCCACAGUCGAACGGGGUCUCCAGGAGAGCCCGGACCCCGGACUCAGAUCCCGACGGUCACGCAGCUCCUCCGGCUGGUCUCCAGGAGAAACCGGACUCGGACCCCGGACGUCCCCGGGCCGUGCGGCGGUGGGACCUCCGUGCUCUGAUGUGCUCGGUGAGAGGGGAGGAUGGCCAUGGUUCUCCUCGCCUCGUUGGUCGCAGUCCUUCUCCCGGCGAUAGGCGCGGGCCUCCAGAUCCAGUGCUACCAGUGCGAGGAGGCGGCGCAUGACUGCUCCCUGCCGGACUACGUGGUGAACUGCACCGUGAACGUCCAGGACACGUGUCAGCAGGAGGUGCUCGUGACACCGGACGGUGUGCACUACCGUAAGUCGUGUGCGUCGUCGGGGGCGUGUCUCAUCUCGUCGUCGGGCUACCAGCAGUUCUGCACGGGGCGCCUGCACUCGGUCUGCAUCAGCUGCUGCUCCCAGCCGCUGUGCAACGGGCCGCGCCGGAGGCGGAGCCAGCCCUCCGCCAGCAGCGGCCCGGCCCCCCGCCUCUGGAGCCCCGCCCCCUUCUGCAGGCUCCUCCCACUCCUCCUGCUCCUGAUGUUGGGGGAGGGGCUGGUGUAGACGCCGCCGGCUGCGCGCGCACGCGCGCGCGUGUGUGUGUGUGUGUGUGUGUGUGUGUGUGUGUGUGUGUGUGUGUGUGUGUGUGUGUGUGUGUGUGUGUGUGUGUGUGUGUGUGUGUGUGUGUAUGUGUGUGCUUCUUUGUAAUGUUAUAAUUCUUUGUGUUUAUUUAUAACCAUAUGUUAAAACACCUGGGUCUGAAUUCCCGGUAGCUCGCUCUGAAUAGAAUAAAAUAUAGACCUGUUAAAAUAUAAAUAUAUCGUCACCAUAUUGAGCGGAACACAUUAGUUCACCAACAAGCAGCCGUCGAAGACACUCUGCCAAGCAUGGCGUGUAAAAAAAUACCCAAUAACUAUUCAGUACAUCCACGCCGUACACCGAAUGAGCCUUCACGGAUGGCGCAGAGGAACUCCUGCAUAUUGCUGUGCUACUGGCGCCCCCUGCUGGGGACGCUGUUGAGUUACAACAUGAACCCGGCAGUGCUGGUGGUUCCGCAGCGUCCGUCCGCAGCGCUGUCGACGAGGUAUCUAAAAGGGGGUAGAGUCACACAACAUUCAAUGAAGACCUUAGUACUGGUUCAUGUUGGACUUCAACCAGAGCACACUGAGUCCAGUUAUAAAAUAACAUAUGGUUUUAGGGGGGCUUAUUUAGGCCUAUAUCUCUCAAUAAAUCUUUGAUCAUCAAA